AUGUACAUAUGUUUUGGAUGCGUUCACUCUCCAGGCACCAACGUCCCCAGGCCCUUGUUCCGCGGAGGCAACCAGAGUUCUUGCCUUUGCAUCACCGGAAUCGACUUCAGUCUCCUUUCAAGUCUCAACUCACUCUGUCAGGGGUUUCCUAUCCGGCGACUUCACGGUUGUCGCACAAUUGCAAGCUUUGUUGACAACUUGAUACCCGCCGACCCCCUUACCUCUCUCUGCUCGAGGGUACCAGGCGUUGGCGACUUCACUCAGCUUUCUGUCAACAUUGCCGUCCACCAAGUUCUAGCUGUCCGAUGUAUGCCCACCUACUUCAUACCGCUCCCAGAGGCAUUCACCUCAGCAGACAAAAACAAAAGAGGUCCAAAGGGCAGUUGA